UAUUUUUAUGAUAUGAUAAUUUAUUAUGAUGUGAUAUGAAAUUUGUUUUGUACAGUAUACACCUCUUUUUCUUAUUAGUUGCUUUACAAUGGUAUAUUAUAUGUACAUUAAUUUGGAUUCAUUCCAUAAUCAGGUGUCCUGCGAAUGGAAGGGUGUCCACCACCCGUUGCUUGUUCAUAAAGAAUAUUUGUCAUGAAGUUGCCUUCAUCUUUCAAUUUCUAAAUACAAUUUCAUCAGUUCAUAUUUUUUUGUUGUUGUUGAUUAAAUCAAGAUACUUACAUCGUGCGCAAUUAAAGAAUUAGUCAACAUGCUAUCUCUCCUAUCUAAUUGCUUUUGAAGUUCAAAUGUUUUAUUUUGAGCUUGCUCGUAAGCCUC